AGAAACUUUGAAAGACAGUAUUGAGAAAAACGAAUUAAAACUUAAUUUUCGAACUACAGAAAAUCUUAGAAAAAUUAGAGCCGUCAGGAGAAAAGUAAACGUAAAAAAACGUAUACGAGCGAAUUUAUAAUAUAGACACCAAUACAAUUAAUAAGAAAACUACAAUAAAGAAUUACAAUAAAAUUAAAUAUAAAUUACGAAAAUAAAACUAAAGAUAAAGGGUUCUGAAAUUUCAUUGUCGGUAUCACUUCAACAUUUUUCAAUAUGUUGGUCGCCUUAAAGAAAUCCUUAAGGUCAUCAAUGCCGAGGAAAAUUCGCAGCUCAUUAGCUAUUCGACAAAAGCAUGAGAUUCCAAAGCACUUGGAAAAAAUACCUAAAGAGAAAGAUCCCGUAUUUUCACAGAUGAUUGAAUACUAUUAUCAUGCGGCCGCACAAAUUAUGGAACCGACGAUGAUAAAAGAACUUGAAAAGUACCCUUGGAUGAAGAAGGAACAACGCGAAGAACGUGUUGGUGCUAUGCUGAGAAUGAUCGGUUCAACCAGCAACAUGCUGGAAGUUACUUUCCCCAUAAUCAAGGAUAAUGGUCAAUAUGAGUUGAUCACUGGUUAUCGUGCACAUCACACCAGACAUCGACUGCCACUCAAGGGAGGCAUACGUUACGCCAUGGAUGUGGACUUCGAUGAGAUUCGUGCUUUGGCUUACUUGAUGGCAUUCAAGACCGCUUGUGUGAAUGUACCUUUCGGAGGUUCUAAGGGUGGCAUCAGAAUCGAUCCCAAAAAGUAUACAGUACAAGAAUUGCAGAAAAUUACGCGACGCUAUACUAUGGAACUAUUGAGGCGCAAUAUGAUAGGACCAGGUAUAGAUGUGCCCGCACCAGAUGUCAAUACAGGUGAACGAGAGAUGAGUUGGCUAGUGGAUCAAUACCUUAAGACAUUCGGUUACAAUGACGUCAACGCGCUAGCCAUCACGACCGGUAAGCCAGUAGCAAUAGGCGGUAUAAAUGGUCGCACCGCGGCAACGGGGCGCGGCCUUUUUAAGGCAGCCGAUUGUUUUAUUACGGAUAAAAAUUGGAUGGAUCUGUUGGGCUGGAAAACUGGUUGGAAGGAUAAGACGGUGAUUGUACAGGGAUUCGGAAAUGUCGGCUCGCAUGCAUCUGUUUUUGUGGUAGAAGCCGGUGCAAAAUUAAUAGGUGUACAAGAAUUGGACGUAUCGCUAGUGAACGAGAAUGGCAUAGAUCCAAAGGACUUAAUGGAAUAUUAUGCGAAGAAUAAGAAAUCCGUCAAGGGCUAUACGAAGGCUACAGAGAAGAGCGGCAGUCUGUUGGGUGAAAAAUGCGACAUACUGAUGCCGUGCGCCACGCAGAAGGUGCUCACGGCGGAAAAUGCUGGCAGUGUGCAAGCCAAAUUGAUUUUGGAAGGCGCUAAUGGGCCUUCAACACCGGCUGCAGAUGAAAUACUGCGCAAAAAAAAUGUUCUCAUCAUACCCGAUAUGUAUUGCAAUGCUGGUGGUGUGACGGUGUCUUAUUUUGAGUAUUUGAAAAAUAUCAAUCACGUGUCUUACGGCAAAAUGCAUGUGAAGCGUGAAAACGCCAUGAUCCAUGAAUUAUUCAACUCGUUAAACGAGGGCAAAGGUGAUGCUAAAUUCAAGCCAAAUAAGAAGCUAGAGCUUAUGCGCGAUUGCACGAAGGAGGCGGAAAUUGUGGAUGCUGGUCUACAAACUGUUAUGGAAACUGCCGCAGAAGGCAUCAAAAUCGUGGCAAACGAAUAUGCACUCUGCAACAAUUUGCGCACGGCGGCUUUCAUUCAUUCGAUUUCGAAAAUUUUCCGCGCCCUAGAAGUGACUGGUAUUUCGCAACAGUAAUUUUUUAAAUGAAUUGAGGCUCACUUGGAAAUUAUUGAAUUCGCGGAAUCAUAACAUUUCUACUCUCGAUUGGUUUGCACAGGAAAGUAUGUAUAUUUGUACUGGCAUUUCCUGUAUUAUGCCGCAAAGAAU